CAUAGGGAAGAUGUUCUCCAAACACAUCUCGCCCACCAUCGGGGCUUCCUUCUUCACCUGCAACAUUAACCUGGACGACGCCAGGAUCAAACUCCAGGUGGGUAUAGCUACACCAGCCUGGUGGUGCGGUACAUAGGGAAGAUGUUCUCCAAACACAUCUCGCCCACCAUCGGGGCUUCCUUCUUCACCUGCAACAUUAACCUGGACGACGCCAGGAUCAAACUCCAGGUGGGUAUAGCUACACCAGCCUGGUGGUGCGGUACAUAGGGAAGAUGUUCUCCAAACACAUCUCGCCCACCAUCGGGGCUUCCUUCUUCACCUGCAACAUUAACCUGGACGACGCCAGGAUCAAACUCCAGGUAUGGGACACGGCGGGCCAAGAGCGCUUCAGAUCAAUGGCGCCCAUGUACUACAGAAACGCGAAUGCUGCUCUACUAGUAUACGAUAUCACCAGCGCAAACAGUUUUGCGUCCAUCAAAGGCUGGGUCAAGGAGUUGCAGAGUAACGUCCCAGAACCAAUGGUCCUGUCCCUGGUUGGCAACAAAUCAGAUCUCGAGGAAUGUCGCGCGGUGACUCAAAGCGAGGCUACGCAGUACGCCGCGUCGAUAGGCGCCGCGUACUGUGAGACGUCAGCUUUACAUGACCAGGGCAUAGACCAAGUAUUUUUAAACACAGCGACAGAACUACUGAAAAUGUCGUCUUCAAGCCUCGUGUCGUCUCUGCGGUCGUACGACUCGACGGACGGAGAGGAAAGAUUGCCGAUAGGCACACCAACAGAGGAGCAAGCGACGCACACCGGCAAGGUGGAGCUGCCGGCCUGGAGCGACGGCGUCAAGCACGGCGAGAUGCAGAAGACCAUGUGUUGCUAGCGACGAAAUAUACUAAAACGAGUGUUGCUAGCGAGAAAAUACU